AUGUCUUCUAUUGGAACUGGGUACGACCUCUCGUCGACGACGUAUUCGCCGGACGGGCGGGUGUUCCAGGUGGAGUACGCGUCCAAGGCUGUGGACAACUCGGGCACUGCGGUGGGCAUUCGCGUCUCGGAUGGGGUGGUGUUUGGGGUGGAGAAGCUCCUCAUCUCGCCGAUGCUCCUGCACGGCUCGAACCGUCGGGUGUCGACCAUUGGCCGGCACAUUGGAGUCGCGUCGUCGGGCCUUGUGGCCGACGCACGGGCGCUCAUCAACCGCGGUAACCAGGAGGCAAACGCGUGGAAGUCGACGUACGGCGAGGAGAUCUCGGUCAAGGUCCUCACUGAGCGGCUGGCCUCGUUUGCGCAAGUCUACACGCUGUACGGCGGUGUGCGCCCGUUCGGCUGUGCCCUGCUCCUCGGCUCGUGGACCGAGGCCGCGGGCCCGCAGCUGUACAUGAUCCAGCCGUCCGGCGAGGCGUACGGCUACUUUGGCGUUGCCGUCGGCAAGGGCAAGGCCGCGUGCAAGACCGACAUCGAGAAGCUUGACCUCGAGUCGAUGACCUGUGAGGAGGCUGUUGUUGAGAUCGCCAAGAUGAUUCACUCUGUCCACGACUCGGACAAGGACAAGGAGUACGAGCUUGAGCUCUCGUGGGUCUGCCGCGCCUCAGGCGGCCGCCACCAGCUCGUCCCGGCCGAGCUGCGCGACUCGGCGCUCGCAAUAGCGACGGCCGAGUCCUCCGACGACGACUCGUCGUCUGAUGACGACUGAUGCGCGUGCCUCUGUGUUGUGUCUUUGCGAGUGAGCGCAAGACAAGUAGCCGGAAUGAAAACGAAUCCCCA